UGCGCCCAUAAGCCUUAUAUAUUACUAGCGCAACAAGCUUUACCUUCAAUGAACGCAGAGAAGAGGUGCGAUUGGCUGAGGACAGCAUCGCUCAGACACAAAACCGAGGAUCAAGCCUGACCAUAAGGACUACAGCAGAUCAAACUCACACGGACAUCAUUUUACACAAAGACUGUGAAUUCUGCUACAUGAGCGUCGCUCUUCGGAAACGUGCAUUUGGACUAUUUUUUUUUUGAGUAUCCUACACCAAAGUGACAUCUCGUUUAAAUUCACUUUUUUCAUUUUUUUCACCCUUUAUGCCUUAUUUUGGGGGCCCAUGUGAUGCUCUCCUUCUCAAGAGACAAGCGUUUGUUUAGGUAUUCAGCGGCACUGAUACACUACACCUAGAUCAGCUUCCACAGUCCCGCACCUCCAGCAUGGAUCGCUGUCAGCGGCUGUUUGUCCUCCUGUUGGGAUGCGGUUAUCUGUGCUGUGGAUACUGUGCUGUGCUUAAAACGCCUGUUAAGGGUUUCUCAAAAGAUGUGCAACUUGGACAAAAAGCAGAAGAGCCAGAGAAGCAGCAUGUGAAGAAGAGCGAGCAGGACACUCUGUCAGAGCACAUGCAGAUGCUCUACGCCAAAUACACCAGCGCGGGAUUCCCUCUCAAAGACGGAAACACUGUCCGCAGCUUCAAGGGCCAUUUGGGAACCAUCAACAAUAUGCAGUUGCAGAUCUUCAACCUCACUUCCCUCACCAAGUCAGAAGAUGUUCUCUCAGCGACGUUGCACUACUACAUCGGUGACCUUCAUAACAGCAGCCACAGAUGCUCAAAACACAAGAGCUGUGCUCAGCCCAACCUCAGAAGACAAGCUCACGUUCACCUCGACGUCUGGAGCUUCAGCUUAGUGAAAAACACCACUAGAACCAUCGGCCAUUUUCCCAUUAACAUCUCCACAAUGCACCGGGACUUCAUAUCAUGGCAGUGGAAAGACAUCACCCGUGUGGUCAACCAAGCCAAGCAUCAUGACCAGCUCCUCAUAGGCAUUAACAUCAACUCCAGAGGACACCAACCCUGGAAGAAACUCUUGUCAGACCGAUCUCCUUACAUUCUGGUCUACGCAAAUGAUUCAGCCAUUUCUGAACCUGAAAGUGUGGUGUCCACCCUUCAGAGACACAAAAGCAGACUGUUGCCCAAUCUUCAUAUGCUGGAAACGCAUAACCGCAACGCCUCCGCACAACAUCGAAGCAGACGAUCCACCAACAUCCUCCUUCCGCUGCAGAACAAUGAGCUUCCAGGUCCGGAGUACCCUUAUGAGAUCCCCACAUGGGAUGAGGCCAGCCCUUAUGAUCCGAUGGAGAGCAAAACGGUCAAGCGUCCCCGCAAGAAGCCUCGCAAGAACCCACGACACAAGAACCCACUCCUGCAGUUCGAUGAGCAGACCAUUAAAAAAGCACGCAAGAAGCAGUGGAACGAGCCCAAGAACUGUGCUCGCAGAUAUUUAAAGGUGGACUUCGCUGAUAUCGGCUGGAGCGAGUGGAUUAUCUCACCAAAGUCAUUUGAUGCAUACUAUUGUUCGGGAUCAUGUCAGUUUCCCAUGCCAAAGUCUCUGAAACCUUCCAAUCACGCCACCAUUCAGAGUAUCGUCCGGGCAGUCGGUGUGGUGCCGGGCAUCCCAGAGCCCUGCUGUGUGCCCGAGAAGAUGUCGUCCCUCAGCAUCCUCUUCUUCGACGAAGACAAGAACGUGGUCCUCAAGGUCUACCCCAACAUGACAGUGGACUCCUGCGCCUGUCGGUAAACCCCCCACCCCGCUCUCUUCCUCCAGCCUCCCUCCUUUAAAACUCCCAAUGUUUGCACUGGAAGAAAGACUGAAGAUGUUCCUUUCACCAUUCUUGAAGAACUGCACAGAUGGGAGGAUCGUGAAGAACAUACGCUUUUCCAGAAGGAAUUCCUUAAUGUUUCGCAGGAGGCCUGAGAUUUGAGCAAAUGAAGAAACUAUCUGUCUGUCUGUGUUUGUUUGUUUGACCGGGACAUUCUCAUGUUUCUAUAACCUCAAGCAGUUCAGCAUUUAGGGGAUAAACAUUUGCUGUCACCAUCACGUUUCUGUACAGUUUGUUUAAUCUGUCAUUAUUAUAGCUUUAUUUUUGCUACAGAGGCAUUGAUUGACUCUCAAUGUUCAUAUUUUAUGGCUGCUAUACAUAGGUAGGAUUUACUCCAGAGCCCAAAUGUGCUGAAACGUGGACUUUUGGGGGUCGAAAAAAGAGAAAAGGAAUCUCUUCUUGUUACGUUGUGUCAAAAAUAGCCUAUAUAUCAAAGUGAUUACUUAUAUAAGUUACUUACAGUACAUAUUCAGUCUUCCACAUUAAGCUUAAAACAGUGUUUAAUUUCCGUGUGUCUGUUUUGAAUGUCUCCAGUCGUCAUAAACAUAUUUAUUUUUUCCAAGAAUGUGCAUU